AUGGCGCCUCCUGCUCCUCACUGCCAGCCCAUUGCGACUCGUCCGUCAUCCUCAAACAGACGCAUGUCGACUCGAUCGUCGGUCGCUUCGUCGCUGAACUGCUCGUGCUCGUCAACCGCCAGCUCCUCCUCGCCCGCCGCCUCGGACACGAGCCCCUCGUCUCCCUCUACCGAGAGCACCAUCAACAGCAUCAUCUUCCGCCAGCCGUCUAUUCGUGGGCUCGAGGAAGAACGCAAGAGCUUUCCUCGCGGCCUCAACAUUCUCGAGCCCCGGCCCAUUGUCUACUGGAGCAGCGUCGAAGAGAGGAUGGGCUCCAUGGCGCCUUUGUAA